GUAAAGCAAAUAGAGAGAGAAAGAGAGAGAGAGAGAGGAAAAAGAAAAGAGCUCUCUAUAUAUUGGAAUGGUGGUGGGAGAGAUUUUGCAAAGAGAUAUAGCUAGAGAGAUUACUCAAAAGGAAAAAAGAUUAAUAUCCAAAAGGGAAGAGAUGACAAGAAAUUCACAAGGAGAGAUGAUAGAGAUAUAGAUGAGGAUUUAACGCUCAAUUUCCAAACCUUUUUUUGCUAUUUUCUUAUUAAUUAUUAGCACAAUUACAUAGAGGAAAAGAAAAAAAAAAACAAAAAAAGGAAAAAAAGAACUUUUUCUGGAGUGAUAUGUGUGGAGAGGAUCAAGAAGAGGAUCAUCAACAACAACAACAUCAAGGAGAGUGUUCACAAACAAUUGAGAAUAUGUUUCAAGAACAACUUCUUCUCCACCAACAACAACUACAAAACAACGACGGUGACCACAACAACAACGAUCAUCAUAUGAUGUAUGGAGUAGAGCAUCAUCAUCAUGGAAUUGGAAGAUCAGGGUUAAUUUUUCCACCCGAAGUCAUGCCUCCGAUGCUGCAACCGUGGUCGUCGCUUAAUCCGUUUAUGAUCCCUCCCCCACCACCGCCGCCUCUACCAACAUCAUUAUCAUGUUCAUCGUCGUCUUAUGGUAGUUUGUUUAACCGAAGGCCACCUAAUUGUCUUCAAUUUGCUUAUGAUGGUCCAUCUUCGGCUGACCAUCUGGGUCGAAUCAUAUCGACGACGCUAGGACCGGUGGUUCAUCCAGGUUCCACGGCUCCCUUUGGGCUACAAGCUGAGCUUGGGAAAAUGAGUGCUCAAGAAAUAAUGGAUGCUAAAGCUCUUGCAGCUUCUAAAAGCCAUAGUGAAGCUGAGAGGAGAAGAAGAGAAAGAAUCAACAACCAUCUUGCUAAGCUAAGGAGCAUACUCCCUAGUACCACUAAAACAGACAAAGCAUCAUUGUUAGCGGAAGUAAUAGAACACGUGAAAGAGCUAAAACGACAAACAUCAAUAAUAGCGGAAACAAGUCCAAUACCAACAGAAGUUGAUGAAGUAAGUGUAGAUGAUGCUUCAGAACAAGAGAUGAUGAUGAUAAGUAAUAAUGGAUCAAUAUCAUCAUCAGCCAAGUUUGUAAUAAAGGCUUCUCUUUGCUGUGAAGACCGUUCAGAUCUUCUUCCUGAUCUCAUCAAAACCCUCAAAUCUUUACGUUUAACAACACUCAAAGCUGAAAUUACAACACUUGGUGGUCGUUUAAGAAACGUUUUGUUCGUAACGGCUGACGAAGAACAACAACAACAACACAAUAUUACAUCUAUUAUUCAAGAUGCCCUUAAAGCUGUCAUUGAAAAAACUGCAGGGGAUCAUGAUUCUUCUUCAGCAAAUAUCAAAAGACAAAGGACCACCACUACAAAUAACAUUAAUAAUAAUAAUAUCCUUUAAUUUAUUUUUUUUAUUAUUAUUUGAGAAAUUUUGGUAAUGAUCAUAUUCAUACCAUAUAUAUAUAAUAUAUAUAUAUAGUACUGAAAAUUUUGAUCUUUUUCGUAUGGAGAUAAAAGGGUGAUCUUUUUCUAUGAUGGUUUUUUUUUUUUUUUUUUUUUUCUGGAUGACAGAAGAAUUUAUUUACUAUGACUUAAAAAAUGGUGUGAGAUUUUUCUUUUCUUUUCUUUUUUCAAUUUUUCAGAGUUGCAGUGAAGUUUUAAAAGAAAAACCCUAAUGAGAGGGUUUGCAUGUGCUGCAGUUGUAUCCCCAUUUAUACUGCAAAGUGAUGCAAGAAAAAAAAAGUUUGAUUUUAAAAAAUAUAUAUAUAUAUAUAUUGCUGAUUUUAUGCAUAA